CCUAGUUGCUAUUCUGCUCCUGUUUCUGAGCCUCACUUUUUCGUGUUUUUGAUGACUAAGGAUGUCAUAUGGGGCUCAGUCUUUUGAUGACUAGGAGUAGGUUUUCUUAGGGUAUAGAGCUCCAAUGGCUCGGAAGUUUAGUGGGAUAUCGAGGUUCAAAUCGUGAGUUUAUUGAGUGUGUUGAGUGGUGAAAGCGUCGCAGACUGAUCGACGAGAACGUGAAUUUGUGAGAGCGGGUUGGAUUUGUGAAGUGUUGGGAGGAAGAGGGGUGCUGGGUUGUUUGUUGCUUGAACGUCACAUUGUUGGAUCGUCAUUGAAAAUGAAGCUGAGGUUGAGAAGCCGUAGCAAGAAGGGAUCUAGGAGCGCGGAGCAUGUUGUUGUUGUGGAUGCAGAUCCUGUUUCCGACUUCGUGAAAGAACUGACGGCCACAUUUGGGGUGUUUGAUAGAGAUUCCGAUGGGAGAAUCUCGAAGGGUGAGCUUGGGACGGUGUUGAGCGCUCUCGGGGACGAGCUCAACGACUCGGAGCUUGAUGAGUUGAUGAGUAGAGUGGACGGCGAUGGCGAUGGUUUCAUCGACCUACAGGAGUUUAUCGCUUUUCAUACUGAGAAGGGUUCUCCCGAAACCAGCCCAUCCCGCUCGGGCAGUGGCCGAUCGUGUAGCCAAGAGAACGAUAACCUGCAGUCUGCUUUUGAUGUUUUUGAUGCUGACAAAAAUGGCUUCAUCUCCGCCGAGGAGCUUCAAAGAGUUAUGAAGAGUCUUGGCGACUACAACACUUCCUUGGCGGAGUGUCGACAUAUGAUCAACUGUGUGGACAAAGACGGCGAUCACAUGGUGAACUUCUCAGAGUUUCAGUGCUUGAUGGCAGGCGCUGAUCUGUGUUGCAAUCACCGGCAGCGAGGGAUAAAAAGAGGGUCUUGUGUUGAGAACGUGUUGCUAGCCGAUCAAGAACGUAGAGAGAAUUCCCAUUGUAAGAGUCGCACCUUUCUCCAACAUGAAGCCAUCGGUGGCCCAUGUCCAGAGUUCUACAGCUACGGAAACGUCGACACCUGCUCUCACACACACAUACACACGACAUGCGGAAUGAGGCGGACAGCUCCCCAACCACACCUUCGGCGACCAAGCAAAGAAUGGGACUCACGAUGUGCUUCACCACAGCUACAGAGACGCAAUCUGGAUGGAACGGAUUCCCGUAUCGACGCAGAUGAGCAAGGAUCAGCCUUGAGCUCAUCAUGGGAGACGUUGAAUAUGGUUUUGAAGACCAGCGCUGGCCACAGCGACUACGUUUCCACACACUCCGUUCAACUCAGAAUGGAUAACGUGGGAGGAAAGACAGCUAGGAAUUUCGCAAGGGUAGCAUGUGCGGGACUUACACGCGGCACACACAUGAAACGAAAAUUGCCGAGUUGCGACACCGUCCUAACCGCGGAGGUUGUACGGAACACGGAGAUGCUGGAUUUUGUUCCACUCCACUGGCUGUGCUUCAGCUUGAUUUCAGUCAACUUGAUUGUUGAUUCCGGAUUCCGGUUGGGAACAAAAACCGUGUCAAAUGUCGGCGACUGUAUUAGGAGUUAUCUCGGUGGAUGUCCAGUGAGAAAUCCACUGUCGUGCUUCGAUUCGGUGCUCGAUCCUCCGAACUGCAGGGUGUCCACUUGCAUCAUGAACUGCAGGCCUCCUUUACGCAGGAACGGUUUCUUGGACGUCGAUCUCUCGAAAAUGAAGUUCAUUAGCUCCUUAAAAAAGCUUGGCUCCAAGGCCCGAUUCGGGAGCUCAUCCCGGUCGUCGUCCCCGAACGUAUCCAGGAGCUCGAGUCGCCGCAUGGAGCCAGCAACAGGCGCCGAUUCCCUUGCCCAGUCACUUGUUCAAGAAUUGACAGCCACAUUCAAGGUUUUCGACAAGGACAGCGAUGGCAAAAUCUCCAAAUCCGAGCUCGGAACUGUGUUGCGCUCACUGGGUGACGACCUCACCGACGAAGAACUCACUGAGGUGAUUCAGAAUGCGGACGGCGACGGCGAUGGUUUUAUCGACCUUCAAGAGUUCAUCAACUUCCACACAAGGGGUGAUACUGCUUCUGGCGCCGGAAGUCCUCAGACGAGCAGUUCCGAAAACGCAACCAGCGGUGAGAGGCUUGCUUUGCAGGCAGCUUUCAACGUAUUCGACGUCGACAGAAACGGCUUCAUCUCCGCGGAGGAGCUUCAGAGGGUUAUGCGCAGCCUCGGCGACAUGAGUACGUCGCUGGUUGAGUGUCGCCACAUGAUCAACAGCGUGGACCAAGACGGCGACAACAUGGUGAACUUCGCCGAGUUUCAGUGCUUGAUGUCCAGUGCAUUUGUCUGCUAACAACACCGAAAACACUUGUCCCAA